AUGGAACAGAAUAAAGUGAUGGAGAGUGUUAAACAAAGGCUUAAAGACCAUCUUCAGGACAAGUUUACAUGGAUACAUGAGGGGACAUCGGAUAGUCAGUCUCGACUUGACAGUGUCUACACAAGACUGUUCAUCACCCAGCAAGCUCAGGAAUUUAGUUCCAUACCACACGAGAUUCUAGAUCACUUUAAUGUCCCAGAUCAGCAGUCACCAUUUUCAGAGGUUAAUUAUCAACAGAUUGACUGCCUGAAUAUCUUUAAACCAGGAAGAAGCAAUGUCCAACAGCAACCAGCAAAAGACAAGGCAAUCCAAAGAGUCUUGACGAAAGGGAUCGCUGGUAUUGGAAAGACAUUCACUGUCCAAAAUUUUGCCCUCAACUGGGCCGAAGGAAAAUCCAACCAGCACAUUGAUUUUAUCUUUGUGCUCCUCUUUAGAGAGCUGAACAUGCUCAGAGAUGGUGACUACAGUCUGCUGCAACUUCUUCUUUGUUUCUACCCUGAACUGAAACCCCUGGAAGGUAUGCAGCAGCUUGUUAACAAGCAGGUGCUGUUCAUCUUUGAUGGCUUGGAUGAAAGUAGAUUUCCACUGGACUUUGAUGGAAGUGUAAGAAUGGAUGACAUGAAUCAGAGAUCAACAGUCAAUGUGUUGCUGACCAACCUCAUCAAAGGCAACCUGCUGCCUGGUGCUCUGCUGUGGGUAACAUCCAGACCUGCAGCAGCCAGUCAGAUUCCUUCAAAAUACAUUGAUCAGAUGACAGAAGUCCAAGAUUCAGCACAGCCAGCCAGGCCAAAGAAGUCCUGUCUUGUCUUAGAGGAAUGAUAAGCUUCUAUUUUAUGGGCCAUAUUCCAAUCUUUUGCUGGAUCAUUGCUGAGGUGUUUAGGAAAGGAUGGAGUGAUGAAAAGAGUCGCAGGAUCACAACAAUGACAGAACUGUACAUUUAUUAUUUACUCAUUCAAACACAAAGAACAACACAGAAAUAUGCAGGGAAAAGCUCAAAGAAGAGAGCCAAAAAGAAAAAGUCUCAGGCCCAGAAUUCUGCCAUGCUGUCAAACCUGUCCAAGUUGGCAUUUGAUCAGCUGCAGAAAGGAAACAUCAUAUUCUAUGAAGAGGACCUCAGAGAAAGUGGCAUCAACGUUGAUGAAGCUUCAGUGUUUUGUGGGUUUUGCUCAGAAAUCCUGAAGGAAGAACGUGGUCUGUACAAGAAAAAGAUGUUCAGCUUUGUGCAUUUAAGCUUUCAGGAGUUUCUUGCAGCUCUUUACAUGCACCACUGCUGCAUGACAAAGAACAUCAACACUUUGAAGUCUUUCCUGAGUACUGAUCCUACAGAUA